AUGCACCGCUUUGUAGACGCACUUGAGCGCAUUGGCUGUACAGCGGUCAGAGUGCAGGCUUAUGGCAUGAAGAGCCGCCUUUCACUGGUCGACAUAGCGCUCUUUGGCAAUGCUGACCAUGAGCUGGCAGAGACCAACACCUGGGACCUCGGCGUCAUGUGCCGCACUGGGGCUACUAUACCGCUCUUCAGGACUCAAGUGCGUGGGGCGCCAGGAACGCGCACCUUUCCCAUGUUUCUUGGCGCUGGUCAGGGCUUUGGAUCAGUGGAUGUGAAGCUGGAGUACGCCGAGCUGCCGUACAGCGUCAAGAUCUACCCGCGCUUUGUUCACCGCCUCAAGGCGCAGGCAGCCAAGCAAUACCGCUUUGAUGCGCACACCAUGAUCACAGCCAAGCGCACCUUGACUUCUCUCCAGAAGCGCCACAAGGCACUGGAUGUCACCUCAGAGACAAACCCAACUGUGCUGGGAGGCUACAGGGUGGAGGUCACAACCACAGCAAGGACGCUCAGAGAUGCCAUACAGCAGCUCUCAACAACGCCGCUCUUGAGCCUGGAUGAGUGGAAGAAGCCGCUAAGCAACAACCUUGAGCUACUUCAAGUGCAGGUCUUGGACGCUGACUGGGAGGAGAUAAGCGCCCAGUUCACUGCUCUCUCAGCACAGAUCCGGCGUCUUGGUCUCUUUGCCAAACAGAAUGCAACCAAGGUGCGCUCAUUGCACAAGAAGAUCCUCACUGACAUGCAGAAUGCGCUGGGCUGGAACCCUGGAACACGCACUCCAAUGCUGUUCACCAACAAGAGUGCCUGGUGGCACCUCAGCAGCUUGCCUCAGCCUCAGCGCACCUUGCCUCCUUCCACUGGCGCCCCAAGUGCUCAAGGACACCAGGCUGCAGACAACACAGCGCUGCCUGUCUCCUCUGGGCGCUGGCAGGAUGUUGAUCUGUCUAAUCUGCAGGAUGUGGCGCUGUUGAGGGAGCUGUUCCACCUGCUCAAAGAGAAGAUGACGUGCGCUGCUUGUCAGCAUCCUCAAAGUCGCUACACAGCAAACUGGUCCCGCACCCUGACUGGACAGCAGCGCAUCAGGUGCAACAGGAAGCCAAGAGGCGGCCCCUGCAGCACUCCAGAUCUCUAUCUGACCAAGGAGCAGGCGCUUUUGAGUGCCUGGGUGAACAGGCUAAAGGUGCCUCUUGACGCCAAAUUCCUGGAGGCAGCACAAGCAGCACCCAGAGGCGUUCAGCAAGUGGAGCAAGAUGCAGGGCUGGGUGCUCCUCAGCGCACCACAACUGCGCCAAGGUCUGCUCCUGCUCAGCGCACUACAUCUGCUGGUGCACCAGGCGGCGCUGCAGCUCAACGCACCACAACUGCACCUGGGUCAGCUCCUGCUCAGCGCACUACAACUGCUUCUGCACCAGACAGCGCUGCUCUUCAGCGUCCACCAGUGCCUCAUGUCUUUGCCAACGGGGACACCUUGACGCUGAGCAACGGCAUGAAAGCGUCAAACUUCAUCAAGGGUGAUGGCGCCUGCCAGUUCCGCGCUUGGGCGCACUUGCAGUAUGGAAACCAGCAAAGGCACUGGUUUGUGCGGCGCUUUGCAGCGACCUGGCUCAAGAACAACAAGCACCUGAUGGAGGAGUACUAUGCUCCAGAAGCGCCAACCAGGCUGGAUGGGCGCCAAAUUGUGGAGUCCAAGAGCGCCAAGGGGUAUGAUAGCAUGUGUAAGGCGCUGAUGGAGAAGGGGAGCUGGGGCCAUGAGUACUCCCUUUGUGCGCUGGUCAACUACUUUGAGCAGCCAGCGCACAUCAUCCAAUACAGCGCACAUGAACAGCGCUGGACAGGGAUGGUCAUUGAGCCCUGGCAUGCGCCAGAUGGCCCAGCAAAGGCGCCAUUCAGGUUUUACUUUGACGCUGCUGGGAAGCACUAUGAGGUGAUGCUUUAG